AUGAUUCUACCAGGCGACACUCGGAGAGCGAGGAACGAGUUGCUGGACACGGGUGACGCGGUUUUAGCGCCAAAUUCAAAAGCUUUGAGACACAACAUAUUUCAUCUUAUGUAUCAGCAAAGAAUAGAUAUGAAAGAUAUUUUACGGAAAAGCGAUGUUGAAUCGAGGAGACAGGAUCAGACACAGCUAUACAGCGCGUCUGAUAGUAGUUUGGAAUGUAUCCCUCUGUAUUUUUUCAGCCACUUGGCAGAAGAGUUGAUCUGGAGGGAUAUUACAAAGCUAUUGUUGCACCACCAGACAUUUCUAUGUCCUACAGACCAUCUGUUGUUAAAGUACCAGAUUAUUCAAGCUCAAGUUUUUCUACUGAAGGUUUUUCAGUGUACAAGAAUGUGCAGACAGGUGACAGUGAUGAAAAGAGUAAAAGAGGACCAAAAAGAAAGAAGCCUCCUCCAAGUGCUAUUGAAAAUGAUUUCCUUCCCAAGAGAAGAUCAGCGAGGACCAAGUGUGAGUGCAGAUGAUGACAGUAGUCAAGAUAGUCUUGCUGAUGGAUCACAGUUUAGUCAAAGAAGUAGCCAGUCACAGAAUUCAGAAGGGAAACCUGGAGAAGGCAUUUCUGCAGGUGCAGAUGGAAACACUUAUGAGAAAAUCACUGGUGAAGCAGAAACACUGGACAUUCUCACCUUUGUCAAAGAACACAUGGAAAAUGGGGGAAUCAUUGACUUGAUGAAUCAGUAUGGAAUAUGUCUUGCAGCUCAAAAUAAAAAGACUUGGUAAGUAAAAAAAAACUUUUCUUCAAUCCUUUGUACUUCCUC